AACACAAAUGUCUCAAACACACGUUGCUGCAGCAUGGUCACUACAUAGGGAGCUAUUGCCUGGAUAACACAGGGACACAGAGUGCACACUAUUGCUGAUACAGCACGUAGAGGAUUGUGAGCCAAUGCUGAGGCAUCAAGAGGGAACAUUUCCAGUGGUCCCCACGCAGAGAUUACACCAUGGCAAUGCAGAAGCAUCUCACUGUCCGAGAAUGUCACAGAAGAGCCAUAACAGCACUUGGAUUCCACUCUGCAAGACGGGAAUUUCUCACAGGGUUUGAAGAUGGUGUAAUAAAAUGGUGGGACCUGGACACUGGGCAUCUGUCUCAGUCAGCAGCUGAACACUCAGGAAUGGUCACUAAUCUUUUGUACUGGUCAGAGACAAAGCUAGUUUUCUCAUCUUCAAAUGAUGGUACUCUUAUCGCUUGGACUUCAGGAGCUGUGGUAUUUGAUAAGAUUAAGCUCGGGAGCCCUAUCUUCAGUAUUGCAAUAAAUCUUCGACGUCAUCUGUUGGCGUGUGGAUUCAAGAACCGCCUUUCUGUCUACCCUCUGGAUGAGCAGAAAACCUGUGGACAUGUGAUCAACCUGAACAAGGACUUUUCUGACCACCAACAUACCGACAUUGUGUCAUGUGUCAUGGCCCUAGACAGCCAAAUCUACACUGUUGGAUAUGACAGAAAGUUUAUGAUAUUUGACACCUACGAGACCCCGGAAAAGACCUGCCUUAGGGCUGUGCACUGUAACCCACAUGCCCACAACGCAGGAAUCACCCACCUCCUCCUCGUCCGUGAGCGCGAGAGCACUAGGUUUUUGACAGGAUCCUUUGAUGGAACAGUUGGUAUUUGGUCCCAGGAUGGUCAACUAAUCCAGAGGCUCCGACAGUUCACUGGUGAAAUUACUGGGAUGUGUUACGUGGCAUCAGUGAAAACAGUGUGGAUUACUAGUGGUAACAGUCAACCACUAAUUCUGGACCCAAGAUCUGGGGAUGCUAUUUCUGACUUUGUGGAUACUUUCCAAAGCCUAGAGGACAGUCCUCAAAUAAAACAACUGAUAUGUCUUCCUGACACAGGUCAUGUGAUCGGGUCCACGAAGAGCAAUCAGGCGAUUGUGUGGAAGUAUCAGCAAAUGGCUUGCGUUACUAUACUACACACUAAGCACCCCGUGGAGUGUCUCUCAUACACUUCAAAGACAUUGCUCUUACUUUUCACUGGUGACAGCAGUGGCACAGUGGACAAGUGGAAAAGAAAUGAUUUGUCCCCCUUUACUUACAGCAAUGAGUCAUACAACAUGGACGACACUAGGCCGGAGAGGAGAGGAUUGCGCUGCCUGCAGCGGAAACAAAUGAGGGGCCAGAGUAAGAGACCCCAAUCAAGGCUUCAAAGACCUAGAACCGCUGGGAUUUUAAGAAAGGGCAUAAUUCUCAACAAUCAGAGGACAAGUAGCACCCGGGCAAACUGCUGUGGCUAUACAAAGUCGCUGUUCACAGAUGAAUUGGAUCUCUUGGUCAUGGCGGCAGAGAAUGGGGACAUUUACCUGUGGGAGUUUGAUGAUGUUUCGGGUGGAUUUCCUGAAGAUAGUGCCACCUCACAUGAUAAACAGCAUUUUAUGGAGCAAUAUGACAUUUUGUUUCCUGGGACGUCAGUAGCAGAGAGUCUACUAAAAGCACAAGACACAAAUGGAACACUAAACAAGCAUCUAGCAGGUUUCACCUGUAAGAAGGUAUUGGCUGGUCAUUUUAAAGCUGUCACUGCUCUGGCCUUGGUUGGGAAGAAAAGUGACUUCUCCACGGUGUACUUGCUGAGCAGUGGCUGGGACCGCAGAUUGUGUGUGUGGGACCUACAAACAUGUUCCCUCAUUGAGACGUUUUCCAGACCUGAACUGGACCAAUGGAGUGAUCAAAGAGAAACAGCCUGUGAUGGGGUUGUAAUGGACAUGUGUUAUUGUCCAAAGAGGAAAGAGUUUGCCUACUCUUCCAGUGAUGGGAACACCUACAUCCGCCAUUUUGCAGCAGUCAGUUCUGAGAUGACCCUUGUAAAUAUUCUAAAAGGACAUGAAGCAGAGGUCACUUCCGUGGUGUGGCAUAACCUGAUGGACAAGUGGAUCACAGGAUCUGAAGAUGGAACCAUUCGUAUAUGGAGUGAGGAUGGAUCACAGUGUGAGAAGAUCCUGAACACCAAGGGAGUGACCACUUGUGUUUGCAUUGACCAGACUAAUGGGUGCAUUGCUGCAGGAGUACAUGACACAGUCAGGGUAUAUGAUCCAGACUCUCUACUUCUGGUGCAGUGUAACGUGGGACAUACAGACCUAAUCCGGUCCCUUAUCCACAUUCCAGAGAUGAAGCAGUAUGUUUCCGUUUCAUGGGACAGAACAGUGAGAGUAUGGAAGGCCUACAACAAGACAAACAACCAGCACAAUUCCAAAAAUAACAAUAAAUAAUAUAUUCUAGCAUGUUGUUCACGAAUAUAUAGAUCUUCUGCUAGAAUAGUGGUCAUAUAAAGAUCAGAAUUCACUUUCAUGCUCUGGAUUGCAUCAAAUCAUAAUACAGUAGUGACAUUGUACUUAUCACACGCCUAGGAACCUGGGAGGAACAGUAAAAAGCCGCAUCUGGAUCAUGGGAUCAAACUGAACAGCCCAAUAUUUAUUUUUGAGGUGCUGACUAAUGAAAUAAUAGAAUAAUAAUCAUCUUAUUGGAUCAUAAGGCUACUUUUUUAUCAUUAUAGUAUAUUUGCUUGUAUAGAAGUGUAUGAUAAUAAAAGAAGCAUGUGUUGUGUA